AUGGCACCGAAAAAAGACAAAGGCAAAGGAAAAGAGGAAGAAACCCACAAAGGUGGAGGAGGCACAUUUACAGAAGUGGAGCGAACGUUUUUAGAACUACAAGUAGCAGAAUGCAACAGAAAAAUUGCAAGACUACGUACCGCAGUGGAUGAAUAUGAACAACGCAAUGAAGAGCUACAAAAGGCAUACGAUAAGCUCGAUGAAGACAGAGCUGAUAUUAUCGCCUACUUAAAGAAAACGUUAAACUUAAAGAAUGAGGAAAAUAAUGAAUUAAAAGAAAAAGUUAAGGGGUUGGAGGAAACAAGAGAGAUAGAAACGGCACAGUUCAAAGAAACGGUUACUGACUUGGAAAGAAACUUCACUAUUAUGAAAGAUCAAUUGACCUCAGAAAAUAAAUUGCUUGCUGGAAAAUUAAAUACUUUGGAAGAAUUUAGGGCUAUACGAGAUGAUUUAAUGAAGAAAUUUGAUAAACAAGAACAAGCGUUUAAAGAUCAAGAAAUGAAGUAUAAGCGAGUUAUUUAUGAUGCAGAAAAGAAGUUUGUUAUUGGUAAAGAUAAGCUGAAGAAAGAGAUGGAAGCUCGGCUAUUACAGUUGGCCCAAGAUUUUCAAGAUGCUACUGAGUUAAGAAUAGCUGCAUCAACACACAGAGUUAUAAGGGAAAAUAUAGCAAUAAAUAACGAAUUGGAUAGUAUUUUAUCAACUCAAGCUAAAUUAGCUGAUCAAAAUGAAAAAUAUAAAGAUAGUGAAAGAGCUGCUAGAGUAGCUAUGGAGUUAGCAGAAGAGGAGAGAGAUAAAGCAAUAAAUAAAAACGUUGUACAACUCAAAGUUAUCGAUCAGUUAACUACUGCUUUUCAAGAAAUUAAAACAGAAAAGGCUUUAUAUGAAAAAAGAAAUUAUGACUUUGAAACAUUACAAGGAAAAAUUCAAAAGCUCGUCAAAGAAAAUGAAAAUUUAUCCUUGCAAGUUCGAAUACUAGAGCAAAAUUUGCAUGCUCGUAUGAGUGAUCAAAAUAAAGCAUUAGUAGAAACAACGAAAAUUUCAAAGGAAAGUGCCAAAUUCAAACGAAUAUUAAAAGAAGCCGCAAUUGCUAUACAGGCAGCACUUAAGCUAGACGAUUGGGCUACGAAAGAUCCAACAAGAGAAAUCAUGGAUAGACAAGUUUUAUUAUCACAUUUGUUAGAUUUGAUAACGCAGUAUCGCGAAAUACAACACGCAGAAUCAUCUGACUCAAUAGCAUCUUUAGGAAGAGUUUAUGAAGAAGGUGACUUAGGAUUUAUACCAAAACCCUUACAGAAAAAAUCUGCUUCAACAACUGUUGUGUCAGUUGCUUCUAAAGAUUCGGUUAAAGCUGAAAAAGGGGUGUCACAAGCAACUCUUUCUUCUUCAUCAAUUGGAAGUAUUAAGACUAUUCCUAGUAUAAAACUGGUUCCACCUUCUACUGAACCUGAAUUGACAGCAAAAGACAGUUUACCAUCUUUUGUCACGUCGACAAAGUCUAGUGUGACUUCGAGUGAGGGUGAACCAGAGGAAAUUCCUGAAAGUGAAAUGAACAUUGAACAAAAAAUAGAAGCUAGUAAAUUAGAAAUACAAAAAUCAAUUUUGAAAGAUUUACAAUAUUCUCAAAUGGCUUUACAAUCGCAAGCUCGUAUCAGUAGUGAAAAAAAUAUUACUUCAAAAACAGUUAUUUUAGAAGAACCUCAGGAAAAAGUAGAGGAUGAAACUGAUACGAAGGAGGAUUUGAGUGUCCAAGAAGAAGAUAAACUUGAUGACAGCGAAGACCAUGAAGCAGAGGGUGAAGCGCAAGAAGAAUCUGCAAAAGAAGUAGAAUAAAUGUGCAAUAAACUUACUGCAAUGAAGU